CAGACAAAUAAUUAUUUACAACUUUGAAUUAAAAAAGCUUACAACAGCCUAUUGACAAAAUGCACGACACGGAAAAUGCAACAUGAUUCCAAUAAAGCACAGCUGAACAUAAAUUAGAGAGCCAGAGAGGGGUGGGUGGGGGACGGGGAAACAGAGUGGGGGGAGGCAGAGACAAGUAGAGCAGAAAGCGACACAGAGAGAGAGAGACAGAGGGGGGAGAGCUGCCGAUAAAGACAAGCUUGGUCUCUCUAUCUUCAGAGCUUCAGAGUCAGUCCGAGGAAAGGACGCAGCGGCGUCACUUCUCCAGCGCAUCCAGCGCGCAGUCAUCUCCAGGCAGCGGGGUCGCGAAUGCAUUCCGACUGGUGAAGACAUGUUCGAGGAGGUCAAAAUUCCUACCUGAUUCGGAUUGGUCUGCCUGAGACUUAUCGUUAAGUCGACUGGAAAUGAACUCUGAAGGUACAUGUCGGCGCUUCUCCUCCUUUCCUAUCCACGUGAGAAGUUUGACCGGAGCUGGCUGAAGCGAGGCUACCUGUGUUUCCCAUUGGCUAUUAAAUCUGUGUAGCUCCAGCGACUGGACGUCCGUUUCACAAGACGCUGAGGGUUGCAUGCAUCAGUGCCAAGAAAUUGCAUUACGUGGGAGACUUCUGCUUAGGAGACACAGGGACGAUUCUGGAGGAUGGCUGCGGAGCAAGGACGCACACAGCGGGAUGAACGCAGUGACACUGCAGUCAGAGAACCGCGCUCCUCUCCCUGCACCACCCUGAAGAUGUUUCUGGUGGCUUUGUCCUUUGCCUAUUUUGCAAAGGCUCUGUCGGGGAGCUACAUGAAGAGCACAAUAACUCAGUUGGAGCGGCGCUUUGACAUACCCAGUUACCUAAUAGGUGUCAUUGAUGGGAGCUUCGAGAUAGGUAACCUGCUGGUGAUAGCUUUUGUCAGUUACUUUGGAGCCAAGCUCCAUCGGCCGAAGAUCAUUGCAGUGGGUUGUGUUCUGAUGUCCAUUGGCACCUUCAUUAUCGCUCUGCCUCACUUCAUCAUUGGACGCUAUAAAUUUGAAACGUCUGUGCGGUGGCUUGUGAACUCAACGCUGAACCCCUCUCCUUGUCCGGUGGGCUCACCAGCAGACCUGAGCCCAGGUGGUAAGCUUUCUGAAGUGCCAGCCAGAGAUUGUGAAGGUGAGUCCAACCUGUCGAUGUGGAUCUACGUGCUCCUGGGAAAUGUCCUGCGGGGGAUUGGAGAGACACCUGUUCAGCCACUUGGGAUCUCUUAUAUAGAUGAUUUUGCUACUGAGGAGAAUGCUGCGUUAUAUGUUGGCUGUGUGCAGACCAUUUCAGUGGUUGGUCCUGUGUUUGGCUACUUACUGGGCUCUCUUUGUGCCAAAAUCUAUGUGGACAUUGGAUUUGUAAAAAUGGAAACUAUCACCAUCACCCCAGCGGAUGCUCGCUGGGUGGGGGCCUGGUGGCUCGGCUACCUCAUUGCUGGGGUCAUAACCCUGCUGUCUGCCAUCCCAUUCUGGUUUCUGCCCCGCUCCGUCCCCAUGUCUGGGCACCGCAGCCCAGAAAAGUGCACACCAGAGCAGACAAGUUUCAUUAAAAACUCUCCUCUCCUGAAGCACAAGUAUUCUGCAGACGACAAUAGUAGUUUCAUAGAGAUGGCCAAAGACUUUAUCCCAACCCUACGAACUCUGCUGGGACACCCUUUGUAUUUGAUCUACCUGUGUGUGACAAUCAUCCAGCUGAACUCCCUCAUUGGCAUGGUCACCUACAAGCCCAAGUACAUCGAACAGCACUUCAGGCAGUCUGCCUCAAAGGCCAACUUUCUGAUGGGCGUGAUCAAUAUCCCUGCCGUUGCGCUGGGGAUGUUUUCUGGAGGUCUACUGAUGAAGAGGCUGAAGCUGAACAUCAUGGGAGCAGCAAAGUUUGCCUUUGGCACAUCUCUGAUCGGUUACAUCCUGUCACUGUUCUUCUUUGCAAUGAGCUGCGAGAAUGCCAAGGUAGCUGGAGUGACACUUUCAUACAACAGCAAAGAUACGAUAUCUUACGAUAAACACUCAGUGUUCACAGCCUGCAACUCCGACUGUUUUUGUUCGGCGAGUGACUGGGACCCAGUCUGUGGAGAGAACGGCAUCACGUAUGUUUCUCCUUGUCUUGCUGGCUGCACCAGUUCUGCUGGCUCAGGAAAAGACACAGUCUUCUCUAACUGUAGCUGUGUCGGUGUGCCUGGUAACUUUACGGCCAGUACAGGUCAGUGUCCUCACACGGACGACUGUGAUAGGAUGUUCCCGUACUUCCUGGCUCUGUCUGUCAUCACUUCCUUCAUCAUCUCCCUUGGAGGGACACCGGGAUACAUGAUUCUUAUCAGGUGCAUUAAACCACAGCUAAAAUCUUUGGCGUUGGGUUUCCAUGCUCUGGCAACACGUACUCUUGCAGGGAUCCCAGCACCCAUCUACUUUGGAGCAAUCAUUGACACCACAUGUCUAAAAUGGGGUCAGAAGAGGUGCGGAGGCAUAGGAGCCUGUAGAAUCUACAACACCACUGCAUACAGGAUAGCAUACCUGGGUCUGACUCUCAGCCUGCGGACUAUCUCGUUCAUUAUUUGCAUCCCGGGCUUCAUUCUGCUCAGUCGACAGCUGAAGAAGGAGGAGAGGAAUGGCAUCCAUGGAGUUCUGGCCAAUGGCGGGACAGAGCUGGAGGCACUUAGGAAGGAAGAGUUUGUGAUCUCUAAUUCUGACCAAUCACAGCAAACCUCAGACAACAGCACAGACAGGGAGACACGACUGUGACAGAACCAGCAGAACUGACCUCACACACACACACACACACACACACAGAGAGAGAGAGAGAGAGCAAAGAUGAAUAAAUACAACCAAACACAUACAUAUGUACAGAGUGAUACUGUACACAUGCACACAUUAAUAAGAUUUGCAGGGAAUCACGUCUCAUAUAAAGCAUAAAUUCUAUAUUUGUACUACUGGACCUGUGAGGGCUUUGUAAAUUUGACAGAAAUUUGAUACAACUAAAAUAUUUCUUGAAUGUACAUCCCCUCUUUCUUUCCUCCUGAUGAACAAAGGUAUAACAAUAUUUUUUUCUGUUUUGAUGGUGGCACAAGAGAUAAGAUGGGAAAUGUACUUGUAUACACUACAGCAGAAGCAGUAAAACUCUGAAAAAACAGCAUUUAUGAUGCUGGUUCUUUGGAUUUUUUUGUUUCUAAUUAAGUUUUUCUUCCUGACAUCACUGUUCAUGAACAGAAAAGGAGAAGUGGCCUUACAAACCAGAGGCACUAAAUUUAAACAAAAAUAUAUUAUAAAUGUGAGGAAAAUUAGGCCUUUAAAAAGACAGGAAGUGAGGAGAACCUUUCAGGGCCUUGGCAGUUAUUGAUUUGACACGUGCCUCAUUCACUCAACAUUUACCUCUAAAUCACAGUGUGUGUGUGUGUGUCAUCUGUCUUGUCGAAAGUAGAGGACUUUUGUAAUAUUUUGAACAGAUAUCUGAAUACAAUUUGAUUUUAUUUUUACAUUUCAGACUGAAUGUAAUUCUUGAUACUCAUUUAGAGAAAAUGUUUCAUUUCUGACUGAGUCUUUAAAACAUUUGGCUUUUACUUUCAGCUCGAAGUCAGGUCUGAUUGUAUUGCAGUUUGUGUCGUGUGCUUUCUGGAUGUGAACUUGUUCUUUUGGUAUUCAUGCUCACUAAGAAUGGAAAUUGUAUUUUAGUGACAUUUGCUUACCUGUUUGUCUCGUGGAGGCUGCUUUGAUUUCAUUAUGGACAUCCAGACAGAGGGAAAAAAAAAAAGUUUUGUCAAGAACGCACAGCACACUUAAGUGUUAGCAAAGUUAAGUGUUCCUAAGUGAUCCUGACAGCGAUAAUUAGAAUAAGACUGAAUUUGCUCAGAAUAUCUCAGUGCACCUCAGCAGGCUCUGGUAUUGAACAGCCAUUUUUGUCUGAAACAGAAGGCUGAGAUGAAUGCUUGCUCUUGUGGUUGCCAUGUGUCGUACCUUGGAAGGGGCAGAAUUUGUACUGCUGCGGGAUUACUGUAUGUUGUUCUGGUGUUUGGGCAAAUGAUCCCAAGUAUCGCCACAGGAAAUGUGUAUUUGUGUUACUGAUGUGUAUAAGCUCUGCUUCCAUGUUUCCAGCCAUUGCUAUAUGUUAUGAGUCAUUGGUCAAUCUGUUUUUGUAGGUUUAUUUUUUGUGUGUUUAUUCUUGCACGUGCAUUCACUCCUGUGCCAAAACCUACAAACAGGAACAUCAUGAUCUAUUCUCAGGUUUUAUAAAUUUGAUCGAUGUUAUUCUCAUAAACAGCUUUAUCCCAAAAUCAGAACAUAUUUGUUUGAAAUCUAUCAAAAAUAAUGCCUGAAAGUAAAAUAAAUCAACUAGCUACAGUAUCGCAAGACAUUUUUUUUUAAAAUAACACUUGUGUCUUUUUAAUGUAUAGCUAUUUUUAAGAUGUAGUUGCUCAAUGGAUAUGUUGGCAUCUUACAAUAUGUGGUGACUGUAUUGUCUAUCCAAUUCAGGUUCAGUUCCAGGCACAGGUGGACACAAGUAUAGAGAGGAGCAGUGAGUGAUAUUAAGGAAGGAAGUCAUUAUCUCAACUAAUGUAGGGCUUUUGCCUUACGUUGGAGAAAUCAGAAUGUAAAUAAUUUUCUUGGAUUAUUUUUGUAAAAUUUAAAAGGAUAUCUUAAAUGUAAUACUAAAAUAAAACUUUUAAUAUCCAAUCAAAUGAUGUGUUGGUGGUAUUCAUUUAAGGUGGCAAUUACUCAAAACAAGG